AUGCCGAAUACUCAGCCAGUAACGGAGUUGCCUGAUCAGGGUCCUCAGCUGUUCGGCGAUGGGACUGAGACCCCAACAGCGUCUGUUGGCUCCGUCCAGAGGUCAGAUUUAAUCGAGAAGACAGCUCAAUUAUCGGAAGGGCAUUCUGGGGAAUCGGUUCAGACAGCAGAAUCACCGGGACUCAUCUCUGAAAAUAUAAGGGAGUUCUUUAAGAUUCGCAAUGCUGCCUGCCAGGAUGAAACAAGUGUGGUCUUUGACAACAUCUCUGUCGAGGGUAGUGGAACAGGGUCCCAAGCAGCACCAACGAUCUUGUCGGCUGCCAAGUCAGCUUUUGGAAUCCUGAGUCCCCUACAGCAUCGGCUGGCAGGAGAAUACUCCCGACCGAUCCUUAACGGAUUUUCGGGUAGCAUAGAUGCUGGAGAGAUGCUUCUGGUCAUUGGAAAACCUGGCAGCGGAUGUACAACAUUCCUAAAGACACUCUCGUACAUGUGGGAUGAGUACAAAGAUGUUCAUGGGGAGCUCAGUAUUGGAGGCCACUCCAUUCAGGAACUGAUGCUGAAGCGCCCUCAGGAAAUUGUUUUUUGUGCCGAGUCCGAUGACCAUUUUCCUACUCUAACCGUGGCGGAGACAUUACGUUUUGCGAUCCGAGCCAGAUGCGGCCCAGAGGCGUCAGCAAAAGAGGUGGACCUGAUGGUGGCUCAUCUCGCUAAGCUUGUUGGCCUCAGCCGAGUCAUGAAUACCAGGGUAGGAGAUGCAUAUAUUCGAGGUGUCAGUGGAGGGGAAAGAAGACGAGUCUCUUUGGCAGAAGCUCUGGCGACAUGUGCCAGCUUGAUCUGUCUAGAUAACCCAACGCACGGACUGGAUUCCUCUACCGCAUUGGAGUUUAUUGAGCUGAUGCGAGAGUGGACGAACCAAAGUCACUGUGUCACUGCGAUGAGUGUCUACCAAGCCAGCGAUGCGAUCAUGCCGUACUUUGACAAGGUGCUGGUGAUCAAUUCGGGCCGCCAGGUCUUCUACGGCAAGAUCCAAGAGGCAAAAGCAUAUUUCGAGGGCCUUGGGUUUGAGUGCUUGCCGACGACGACCCUCUCCAACUUUUUGAACUCUAUGUCAGCCGAUCCGGAAGUGCGCCGCGUGCAGGACGGCAAACAAAAUCAGGUCCCGCGGACUUCGGAUGAGUUUGAAACUGCUUUCCGUGCGAGUCGGCUCUACCAGGAACUGCAGAGAUCGGUCGAGACGGCAAGGACGAGGACCAGGAGCCCCAAUCCCUUGGCCAAGGGACAGGCUUUCGCCCUUCCACUCUACCAGCAGAUUUGGUACUGCGCCUGUCGUCAAUUCCGGAUAGUCACAAGUGAUUACAGCCUCUGGGCCGUGGAACCAGCUACAAUCAUUUUGCAAAGUCUGGUGCUCGGAACCCUGUUUAGAGACCAAAAGCAAACGACUCAGUCCCUGUUCAUCUUCGCAUCCGCCUUGUUUUACUCGGUUCUGGUCCCAGCCCUGCAGUCCAUGGCCGAGUUUGGAAAUGGUUUCGCUCAACGGCCGCUCAUUCUCAAGCAGAAGCGAUACCGCCUCUGUCGGCCGAUUGCAUAUGCCUGGGGUCUUGUCACAACGGACGUUAUAUGGAAGGUUGCAGCUAUCAGUUACAAUAUCCCGUUGUACUUUCUGACAGGGUUCCAACGAACUGCGGGCAAUUUCUUCACAUGGUUUUUCGUUGUCUACAUGGAGCAUCUUGCUUUGUCCAUGUUUUUUCGGUCUGUGGCAGUCUUUUCGCCUAAUAUGCAUCGGGCUGUGCUUCCGGUGGGUAUCUUCUUUAACAUGUACGUGCUGUAUACGGGGCUGUACGUACCAGUGCCUCAGAUGCAGGUGUGGCUUGGAUGGUUGCGGUACCUCAACCCAUUAUACUAUGCCUUUGAGUCGGUGAUAGUCAAUGAAUUCCGAAAUCUGAGCUAUUUGUGUAGCCCAUCUGAUCUCGUCCCUUCUGGGCCGGGAUACACAGACAUCGCCAACCAGGUCUGCGCUGUCCUCGGGUCACGUCCCGGAGAGACAUUCCUCUCCGGGAUGUCAUACAUUCAAGCACAAUACGGAUUUGAAAGAUCCCAUCUCUGGAGGAAUGUUGGAAUCAAUGCUGCCUUAUUCCUUUUUUUUGCCCUUUGUUCUGGAAUUGGAAUGGAGAGGUUGAAGACGCCUGCGGGUCGAAUAGCAACAGUGUUCUACAAGGGCAGCCCAUCAAUCAGGAACAGUCAGGCAGACGGUGAGAGAGGAUCUACCCACAACGAUGUUCCUCCGGUUGUGCCGCCACCCCAGAGCGCAGAUCGUUAUCACUUCAACGAUAGUCCACAACCAGACAAAAGCCAUACUCUUGCAUGGACCAGCCUAUGCCUCGACAUUGAAACUAAGGAUGGUACCCGACGUCUACUCGACAACCUCACUGGCUGCGUGAAGAGUGGUCAGCUCAAGGCCCUGAUGGGAGUCUCAGGAGCAGGAAAGACAACGCUUCUCAAUGCCCUCGCCGGCCGUUCCUCCAUCGGAACUCUGGCAGGAACACUGGCGCUGAACGGUGAACUGCUUCCCAAAUUCUUCCGCAGCAGAAUGGGUUAUGUCCAGCAACAGGAUAUCCAUCUUCCAACCCAGACGGUUCGUGAGGCUUUACAGAUGACUGCCCGACUGCGGCGUGACGAAUCAACCCCGCUGGAGGAGAAGAAUGCAUAUGUCGAGAAAGUCAUUGAGUGGCUGGAUAUGGAGAACAUUGCCGAUGCCCUGGUCGGGGUUCCCGGUGCGGGACUCAACCUCGAACAGCGGAAGAAAGUAAGUAUUGGCGUGGAGAUGGCCUCAAAACCGGAGAUUCUAUUCUUGGACGAACCGACCUCUGGUCUAGAUGGUCAAUCAGCCUUUUCGAUUAUUCGCCUGCUUCGUCAAUUGGCGGACUCGCAUCAAGCGAUCAUAUGCACCAUCCAUCAACCUGCUUCUGAGCUGAUCGAGCAGUUUGAUGAGUUGUAUCUUCUCGGUGAAGGUGGGAAGUUGGUCUACGAUGGUCUGCUGGGGACCCAUUGUCACGAGGCAAUUCAGUACUUUGAGCAACAUAGUAGAGCGUGUGGGCAGGGAGAGAACCCGGCGGAAUAUUUCCUAGAUGUGAUUGGUGCUGGAACCCGUAAUGAGGCGCAAGAAGAUUGGCCCAACCUGUGGCGGCAAAGUAAGCGACGUGAGGACAGAGAAAAGGAAGAGAAAGCCCUCAUCCCACCAGAUGGCCAAGCACAGUCGAAGCAUGAGCGUCAGUCCCUCUAUGCAGCCCCCUUUCAUGUCCAACUCGGGGUGGUGAUCCAGAGAACCUGGCUCUAUUACUGGAGAGAACCCGAAUAUGCUAUGUCAAAGCUCUGGAUGAGCGUGGGGAACUCUCUGCUCAACUCCCUCACGUACCUGCAGUCCCCCAACACACAGCGAGGGGCCUACAACCGGGUAUUUUCUGCCUUCAUGUCACUCAUCGUGGGACCUCCUCUCGGACUGCAGGUCCAGCCGCGUUUUGUGACGCUUCGGGACAUAUUUAUCCACCGGGAACGUGAGGGGUUCACUUAUCACUGGCUGGCGUUUGUCUUCGCGGGGGUGAUCGUCGAGCUGCCCUACACAUUUAUAACCACUCUAUUAUACUGGCUGCUGUGGUACUUCCCCGUUGGGUAUUUCUACACGCCGUCGCGCGCGGGAUAUAGUUUCCUCAUGUAUGAGCUGUUCGGGGUGUUUGCCACUAGCCUAGCUCAGCUAUGCGCCUCGCUUAUGCCCAAUAUCGAGGCUGCCUUCGCGGCCAAUGGGUUUUUCUUUAUGUUCUGCAAUACGUUUGCUGGCACGCUGUCUCCCAAACCGGUGACCCCAUCGGGUUGGCGCUGGUACUACAAGGUAUCUCCAUUAUUUUACCUGGGUGAAGGCGUCACGGUAGAUGUGCUCCAGGAUUUGCCCCUCCGGUGUCAGGAGUCCGAGGUGUCGAUCUUUCAACCAAGCAAUGGAACAACCUGUGGCCAGUAUGCGGCGGAUUUUCUACAGAGGGCGACAGGGUAUUUGCUGAAUCCAGACAGCAUCUCUGAUUGCCAAUACUGUCGGUACCGUGAUGGACAGUCAUAUUACCAACAAUAUGGAUACGACUUUGCCAAUCGGUACCCCAAUAUCGGCAUUUUUAUCGGGUUUAUCGCGUUCAACUUUACCAUGGUCCUUGUAAUGACUUAUAUCAUAAAGGUUCGUCGUUAA